UUUUUUUUUUUCUCCUGGGCUUCUUCGUAAAGAGCUUUAUAAAGUUAGGUUAGCUGAAUUAACGCUACGUGGUGGUGGAUUUAAUGCUGCGAAGCUAGUUGAAGCGCACACACGGCAGACGAACCGUGUACCGACUCUUUCGAGGUGGUUCAAGAUGCUUGUUGAGUAACGUUGAUUGUUAAUCCAGGCCAGCGUUGUCCGCUAACAUUAGCUACCUGCCUGAAAACACUGGGCUUAAUGGAUAAAGCCAUGGCGGAUGAGAAUACACAGUUUUGUGGCAAUUGCAAACAUGACAUACCGGAGGCUAAUUUUACUACCCAUGAGAUCCACUGUAGAAGAAACAUCGCACUGUGUGAUGUGUGCCAGGAGCCAGUGCCCAGGUCAGACCUCCAGGAGCACAAACAGCAGGAGCAUACACAGAUUACAUGCAAAUGUGGUUCGAAGAUUGAGAAGAAUCACGUUGAUGUUCACCAGAGCUCCGAAUGCUCUCAGCGGCUGGUCCCCUGCCAAUACUGUGAGCUGGAGAUCGUUUACAGCCAGUCCAAAGAACAUGAAGAUUAUUGCGGUACACGCACUGAGCCCUGCUCACGCUGUAAAUGCAAUGUAAUGUUGAGGGAACAAGCUGUGCAUCCCGUCUUAUGUGGAAGCCUUACACCGCCCCAAGAGAGGAACAACAGCCGGACAAGUCGCAGUCCAGUAGACCAGCAGUCUCCAGGACCGUGGUUCGAAGCCCACACCAUCCGAAACCUCCUAAGAGCCCAAGAGAGAGGCCCGAAGAAUAAUAACAUCAGUGCGGCAGAACAACAGGCCUUUCCCCGGCCAUUUGAUCCCAGAGAUUAUAACACUUCAAAGGGAACACAGGACUCAGCAGACUGGAAGAAUACCGCCCCAAGAAAUACAGCAUUUAGCCACAUGUUGGGGCAGAGUGAUUUCCUGUCUAGCAGCGGCAGUAGUGCAUGGCCACAUAGUGAGCUCACACUGGAUGAGGAUUCAUCAGGCCUGGACUACAUGUUGGCGCUCAGUCUGCAGAGUGACGGAGAAUCAGUGGCUGGAGGCGUAGAGGGCAACCUGUGGAGCGGUAUCUGGGACCACAAGAUCGGGAAGACGCCCAACACUUCUCUAAACUCUCCAUUCCCUCAGCCCAACAACAACUACCCAAACUUCACUUCAGGCACAAGCACAAGUGCAGUCCAGGACCUUGAUCAAACAGAUACCAUGCUGCCUUGUGAGUUUUGUGAAGAGCUGUUUCCUGAAGAGGACCUCAUUUUGCAUCAGGACAAGUGUGACAUGCGUCCUCAGACUGCCCACCCACUGAACAAUCUAACAAAAUCAUCUGUCAGAAAACCACUGAGCCCUGCUAAACACACCUUUGACGAGUCGUCUCCAGAUUUUCAAAGGAGAUCAAAGCAGCAAGCUGACUUCUUGGAGGACUUUGGAUUUGAGAGAGACACACCACCAGGACAAAACGCAAGGGACUGGCAGAGAGGCUACAUUGGACUACCAAGUCAAAGGAAGACGUCCAACUGUAACGUUCCUGUAAAAGAACGACCUCAGCAAGGACUGGAAGCAGAAGGAGCUCAGUCAUCUUUCAGUGACACUGAGAAACUGCAUCUACCAGAAAAUCAAGAAGGGAGAGAACGAGGGAACAUAAGGAAUCCAAUGACAAAGUUGCCCAAGAAGCAGAAUGAAGAGCAGCAGGAAGAGUGAGAGCAGGAACAUCUGGAGAAAUAGAAAAACCAAAUCUCCUUCUCUGCUUUUCAUUUAUCUUUUUGCACACUUUUGAGAAAUGAAACAUAUACCUAUCUGAUAAGUGCCUGUGUGAGUAUUAGUAUCUUGCAGUUUAUAUUUUGAUGAAUUUUACUAUUAAAGUCUAAGCAAGUCAUUCGGUUUAUUCAUGCAUAUUCUGCUUUAUUCGUUUCAAAUGUUUGUGUGUCUAACAUCUAACCUUAACAGAUAAAUUAUAAAAUGGAUUUUAUUUACGCUAAUUUGAUUUGAAGUUCUUUUUUAACUGUAUGUGUCGUGUCAUGGCUCAUUAAGGACACUGAGAACAUCAAACGCAGACACAUGACUUUGUCAGUGUGCAUUUGUGUAACUUAAUCUUUACCUUGUUACUUCGGCCAAGGACAUUUUGUUUUCACCUUGUUUCACAUGUUUGUUUCUUUCAGGAUCUUUCUCAGUGUUCCUGUUGGUUUCUGCAUCUUUAUGUAACCUAAAGCACUUUGCUAGAUUAUUUUGUUUAAAAAGGGCUUGAGGAACCGAUUUGAUAAAUUUAUGCAUCUUUGACCAAGAAAAAAAAACAACAACAACUGUAUUAUUGAACAUUUGUCUUUUUAUACUGUUCAACAUUUGUCUUUAAUACUCUUCAGUAGUAUUCUGAUUUUUUUUUUUUUUUUUUAAUCACAACUAUAGAACUAUAUAUGUGGUGUUAUGAUGAGAUGGCUUUUGAAGCCGUGUCUCCUGUUCAAUCUUCUGUUAAAGUAGUGUGUAAAAUGUCGUGUGCUGCUCCUCCAAAUAGGAUUUAAGAUAGACAAGAUGUAUUUUGUGUGUAACAUAGGGUCCACUUUAGAAAUACAUAUAAAAUAGGCAACCUUGUGCCACAGACAGUCAAGAGAGCGUUUUCCUGAUUUAACAUCCGAUCAACAAGCUCAGCUAGUGAGUGUGGGUGGACUCGCAGCUCAUGGCUGAUUAUUCCUGUUAAAGAACAACUAUCUGGAUGCUCUUUGUCUUGUGUGGCUAUUAAAUGUUUAAUGAAGACAU